AGGGUUUCUCUGCACAAACCCUCUCUCUACAAAGUAAAGAUCGAAGCUUUGCAAACAUGCCGCAAGGAGAUUACAUAGACCUGCACAGGAAGAGGCAUGGCUACCGCCUUGACCACUUCGACCGCAAGCGCAAGAAGGAGGCUCGUGAAGUCCAUAAGCGCUCCGCCAUGGCUCAAAAAGCUUUGGGUAUUAAGGGUAAGAUGUUCGCCAAGAAGCGGUAUCAGGAGAAGGCCCUCAUGAAGAAAACUUUGGCCAUGCAUGAGGAGUCAUCACAAAGGCGAAAUGUUGAUGAUGAAGUCCAUGAGGGAGCCGUUCCAGCCUACCUGCUGGAUCGUGAACAGACAGCACGUGUAAAAACUCUUAGCAACACUAUAAAGCAAAAGAGGAAAGAGAAAGCUGGGAAAUGGGAGGUCCCUCUGCCUAAGGUGAGGCCUGUGGCUGAAGAUGAGAUGUUCAAAGUAAUCAGAUCUGGUAAACGGAAAACAAAGCAGUGGAAGAGGAUGGUCACUAAGUGCACAUUUGUGGGACCUGGUUUUACCAGAAAACCUCCCAAGUAUGAGCGUUUCAUCCGGCCUUCAGGGUUGCGAUUCACCAAAGCUCAUGUCACCCAUCCUGAACUUAAAUGUACCUUCUACCUUGAUAUUAUUGGGGUGAAGAAAAAUCCUAAUGGUCCAAUGUACUCCUCUCUUGGUGUUAUGACGAAAGGAACCAUCAUUGAGGUGAAUGUUAGUGAAUUGGGUCUUGUCACACCAGCUGGUAAAGUUGUAUGGGGAAAAUAUGCUCAGGUAACAAAUAACCCGGAGAAUGAUGGUUGUAUUAAUGCAGUCCUGCUUGUGUAAGAGGGUAGAUGAAUACUGUAACAUUCUAGUUAACACAAUGAGUUGCAGUGCCUGAAUGGCAUGUUAUCUGCAAUUUUGUUUUGGGUACCCCCGAACUUAAAACAUUUACUGUAUUUUGAGACCAUUUCCAAAUAACAUCACUUUUUCGGU